CAAAAAUCGAUCGAAAUUCUAGUAAUCCCAAAAUGGAAAAAACAACCACAGACAAAACGGGCCGUGGCAUGGAAUUGCCUAUGGAACCUAAGCUAAAAGAAGUCGAUUUGAAUCAUUUUCGUAUGAACUACGAGAUGCCAGCAUUUAUGGAAAACUAUACUUUGCCCAAGAAAAGAAACGUCUUGGCAGACCUAAAGAAAUUUUGGCUUGAGAGCAACUAUCACGAUUUCACAAUCCGAAUCGGAGAACAUGUUUUCCCCUGCGAUCGGAUAGUCCUAAUGGCCUAUGUAGAUCUAGUUAGGAAAGAUAAGACUAAAUCAGAGCUACGAUUGCCAGAGAAUUCGGUUAGACCGGAAAUCUUUCCUAUUCUAUAUAGAUGGAUGAUUGAUCAGGAAUUGAUGGUGAAGCGUUCAGAAGUCGCUAGACUCCUAAUGGCUGUUGAUUAUCUCAAAAUCGAUCUAUUGUCCGAACAGAUAUGGCGUUGCUUAGAUCGGGGUACAGGUAGUGGUGAACAAAUGGCUAUUCAGUUGGCCCAGGAUGCACUGGCCUUUAAGGAUCUAACUCAUUUGCAUUAUCUUAUGCUGCAUAGGAUUAGCUAUUACUUUCUAAUCUUUGCAUCCUCUGCUGAGUUCCUCGAUUUGUCUGCCCAUAGUCUGGCCACUCUGUUCUCAUCGAGCAACAUAAGGGUUAACACAGAGGCGGAGGUUUUUUAUGCCGCCAUCCGUUGGCUAACUUACGAGUGGCCCACUCGUCAAACCUAUGCGGCGGAGGUGAUGAAAAAGGUGCGAGCCGCCAGGAUGCCAACUGAACUACUCCUAAAGCUUGAGUCACCGGUGGACGACAUACGAGUGGAUCGCGUCCUUGGGCUGCCGGAUGUGAAACGUCGGAUUAAAAAGGGCAGCUUCGACCAAAAGGCAAUGGAUUUUGACGACGGAACGAGGCUGUACCAGGAGAUUUAUGAGAUCUUUGACGUGGACUUGUCCAAACCACGGCUAUUCAUCUGUCACAAUAUGGCACCUUACCACGAACCGAAGCCCAAUUCACCUGACCAGGUGUUCAGCUACGCGGACUUCCUCAACUACCUUUCCGCCCUGCAGUCAGUGCCCUUGGACACCUUGCAGCUCCUCGAAAAGCCUCAAUGACGGACCAAAUGGCAUCGAACCCACCAAAACUCGUUCCUUCAUCUACUCUUUCUCCUCUAAUGGCCGACGACCUUGAUGAUGAUGAUGAUGAUGCGGCUGUGCAAGAUGACAGAGAUCGUGCUGUGUGGCAGUUACACCAAAUUUGCAUUACCUGGGCAGGUGUGUUCCUGCCGCUACUUCUUCGACGUAUUUAAUGCCAGUCGCGUUUUUCACGAGAGCAGAUUGAAAAGUUUGUGAAGUAUAAAUGUUUCGAAGCUCAUUUACCUUAAAAACUAGGAAAUAUUUUACAACCUUUUGUAAUUACUCUAUUUUUGUAUGAGACAAAAAUAGUACAAAUAAUAUUAAAUUUUCAAACUUUA